GCCACCUUGGUAUCAUAUUCAUAUGUAUAUGUUCAUGUAUGUACAUGUGUAUAUAUAUUCAGUUUUGGUCAGCCGUCGAGGGAAGAAGAAGAGAAUAAUAGGUUACAAAAUUUUGAGACGGAAGAAAACAGAGAAGCGGGAAUUGAGGAACGUUUUUGCUAUCGGCUGAAUUGUGCUCUAAUUUCUGCUCAUAAAGAAGUUAAUGCUCAAUCCUUAGCGAUUGACUCUGUUUUUAUUCCGGCAUCCUCCCUUUCCGGCUGUAGUUCGUGCAUUCUGAAUUGCAUGGGUGUAAAUUUCUCGUCGCCCUUUGGGCUUGUGUGUGAUCUAGAGAAUGGUUUGGAUUCUUUCAACCAAAAGGGAAGUGAUCAAUCUCGAUCCCCCAGCGUCAAGGGCGGAUCUGUUCCGUCCAGACCGAGCCAAACUCAAAGCCGAAGAUUCAUCCAAGUUCCAUCUGAAUAUGAAUGUAGGUCUGAGGAGUCAUCGAGCCUAUUGUCUUGCUCCGGCAGCUUGACAGGGAAAAUUCCCAGCUCCCCUGUUUCCGAUCCAACCAGCCCAAAACAUGAAGCUGCUAUUAAGUUGCAGAAGGUUUACAAGAGUUUCCGGACUAGAAGAAAGUUGGCUGAUUGUGCAGUGCUCAUUGAGCAGAGUUGGUGGAAGUUAAUAGAUUUUGCUGAACUAAAGCAUAGUUCGAUUUCUUUUUUUGAUAUUCAGAAACACGAGACUGCCAUUUCACGGUGGUCACGAGCAAGAACAAGGGCUGCAAAGGUUGGAAAAGGCUUAUCAAAGAAUGGAAAAGCCCAGAAACUUGCAUUGCAGCAUUGGCUUGAAGCUAUUGAUCCACGACAUCGCUACGGCCACAAUCUACAUUUCUAUUAUGUGAAGUGGCUGAAUUCUCAAAGCAGAGAGCCUUUCUUCUACUGGCUCGACAUAGGGGAAGGGAAAGAAGUCAAUCUUGUGGAGAAAUGUGCUCGCUCGAAGCUUCAACAACAGUGCAUCAAAUAUCUUGGGCCGAUGGAGAGAAAGGCCUACGAAGUUGGAUUGGAGGAUGGAAAGCUCUUCUACAAGGAAACCGGGGAGCUUCUGGAUACUGCUAGCGACCAGAAGGGUUCUAAAUGGAUAUUCGUCCUCAGCACCUCUCGGACCUUAUAUGUCGGGAAGAAGAAGAGGGGUUUGUUUCAGCACUCGAGCUUCUUGUCUGGAGGAGCAACAUUAGCUGCUGGGAGGAUAGUCGCCGAAAAAGGUGUCUUGAAGGCAGUAUGGCCUCACAGCGGUCACUAUCGCCCCACACCCGAAAAUUUUCAAGACUUCAUUUCAUUUCUUCGGGAGAACAACGUUGAUCUCACCGAUGUUAAGCUUGAUUCUAUCGAUGAUGAAGACGACAAAUCAUUCGGAAAGCAUAUCAGAAACAACUCCUCUGAAGAUGAUCUGUUGGUUACAGACCACCUGGAUCACGAAGAAACCGAUACUAUAAACUCCACAUCCAAAAGGGUCGACUCGUGGGAAGAAGAAAACAACACCACUGUUGUAAAACAUCCCAAGUUAAAAACAAGUAAACUGGCUGUUCUUCAGAUACCCAGCAAAGACAAAUUAGUCGAGAACAUGAAGAACGAAGAAGUUGCUGUAUCAAGCGCAGGAAUUUUCCACCUCGAUUCGCCCUUGGACAGCCCCAGCCCCAUAACCGAACAUUAUCCAUCAUCAACCUCAAAGCUACAGGAAGACAUGCAUGAAGAACAUGAUGAAUCUCAAGAAGAGACUAUUACAGAGGACUCGAUUUUGCAGAGAAUCAACUCGCACAAAGAGACGACGUCGUACCAAUUAGGGAAGCAAUUGUCUUGCAAAUGGAGCACCGGCGCCGGACCUAGAAUCGGCUGCCUGAGAGAUUAUCCUACAGGCCUUCAGUCACAUGCAUUGGAGCAAGUACACUUAUCUCCGAAGAGUAAACGCCGGAUAAGACUCGACUUCCUUUCGCGGGCCUCGACGCCGGUCGGAAGUAAUCUCUCCCGUAGCAACAGCCGAUAUCUCGCCCACAGCUCACAUCUGUAAGGUCAUUCAUGCACUCCAGUUUGCCUUGUAGAGCUUGUAAAUCAUUCUUUGAUUCUUACAUUCUUUUUUGUGAAUAGAAAGAAUGUUAGGACAGCAAAAUAGAGGAUAGGAUUUGGUUGAUCCUUUUUUAGAUCGUUUUUUGGUUCCUUUUCAAUGUAACACUUUCUUGCUGUGAAUUGUGAUGCGAUCAUCUUGGAAACAUUCAUCUUU